AUGUUCGUGUGGUGGGGUUUUGACUGAGUAAAUGUGCAAUGUUCUGUUUCUCUGCAGUGAUGUUUGGAGUACCUGAGAUUUCGUAGAGCUCUGUUUUGUGUUUUAUAUUUAACAUUUUAAUAAUUUAUCAGAUGCUCUUAUCUAGAGUGACUUACAGAAGCAAUUAGAGUUAAGUGCCUUGCUCAAGGGCACAUAAUUUUUCACCUGUCGAUGUCGGCGCUGGGAUUCGACCAAGCAACAUUUUCACUCUUAACCGCUAGGCUACCUGCCGCCCCUAUGCUGUGACGGUAUUGUUUGGAGGACCUGAGUUAACUGUGUUGUCUUCUGUGUCUACAGUGGCAUCGGAAGGAACUGGCCAUGGGCGUCUGGAGGCAGCAGCAUCCUGGCAGAGUACGGCACCCUGCACCUGGAGUUCAUGCACCUCUCCAAGCUGUCAGGGAAUCCAGCCUUCGCAGAGAAGGUGAGAGCUAGGGAGCCACAGCACCGUCGUUUCCAUUCCAGUGCAUUAACACCAGUCUAAACUGAGCACUCAGCCAGCCUGAUGAUGGGGUUAUUCAUAGCCGCAACCUUCAUUACUAUUCUUGUUAACGCCUGUUCCGCAGGUAUAUGCCUUCUUUCCGCUAUGAUUCAUCGGCGUCUCUCUCUUAUACCUCCUUUAACUGCCGUCCCUGCAGUAAGGCCAUUUAAAGUGCAUUACUGUGGCGUGCUGCUGGAAGAUGAGGAGGCAAUGAGGUUGCAGGAAGAAAGUAGAAACUCAUUUCUCUGGUUCCGCCUCCUAGGUCAUGAACAUCCGGAAGGUUCUUAAUCGCCUUGAUAAGCCUCAGGGACUGUACCCCAACUACCUGAACCCUAACAGCGGACAGUGGGGACAACGUAAGUCCCCCUAUCUCUCAUCUGACCCUUCUCUCUCUCUCUCUCUCUCUCUCUCUCUCUCUCUCUCUCUCUCUCUCUCCUGUCUCAUUCCUCUCUCCCUCUUACCAUUCUCUCCCCUCUCUCUCCUUCUUCCAUCUCAUCCCUCUCUCCUCCCUCUACAUCACUCUUUAACCAUCUCACCUCUAUCUUCCAUAUUGCCCAUCCUUUUCUCUUUUCACCACUAUCAUCCCUCUCUCCCAUCUCACCCUCUCACCCUAUUCUAUUUCCAUUAGUGGUACAUCAGUGGCUAUCAACUGCAGUUUCACAGCCUGUAAUUAUCAAGCCAUUUACAGCCGGGAGAGCCACGUCAGUCCAGUGGUACACAUGACUUCUGAUGGCGAGGGCUGUGCAUUAGACAAUUAUGUAACUUCAUGCUGCACAGUGACAUCAGGGAGAAAUAAGUGUCUGUGGCUAAUGACAGUACUUAAAAAUGACUGUGGCGUUCAGGUGUCUGAAUUCUGCCAGUAAAGUAAUUAGUCCUUCUCCAUGGCUACAGUUCAGUCCUGAUACCUCCACACAAUACUACAUUCUCACUCAAACUCAAACACCUACUCCUUAGACUUGAUAAAUGGGCUUCAUGCCACUCAGGCACCCCAACAGUUCAGCACCCCUGUCCCUGACUGGUAUGGAGCCACUGCCACUGUGGCAUUACCCAGCUCCAGCCAGGCCACCUCUUGACAAAAUGAGCUUCAGCCCAAAGGAUUGCCUGAUCUAGGCCACAGUGAGGUGGCUGGGGAGUGGUGGUGGUGGCAGUGGAGGAACCCUGAAGUGUGUCCGUGGUCAGACAGCCCUGUGCCCAGAAGACAGCAGCUGCUGUGGAUCCCCUCACUAAUGAGUGUGUUUGUCUCUGAGCCGCACAAAAGGUCAAUGAGAUGCAUAGUCCAGAUCAGAUUAGACCAGACCAGUCGUUACCUCAGCCAUAUGCUUCUGGCUGUAGCAUCCUGAGGGACCCACUGCACCUCUCUCUCACACACACACACACACACACACACACACACACACACACACACACACACACACACACACACACACACACACACACUCAUUUGAAUGCAUAUUUUAGCCAUGUUGUUUGUUUUGCUAUUCUAUGUGAUACCACCUUCCCCCUCCCCAGCCCUGUAGAUACACACACACACACACACACACAGUCUUUGGUCCUGCCCCUGAUCAGCUUGGCAAGCCUCUCCCCAGUCCCCAUGACACAGCAGUCUAAACAGUCUGUUGUCUGUGUGUGUCUAAUAACUCUGUCAUGCUAAUGAUCUAUGAUCAUCCCAGUGUGAGGUAUGUGUGUUCGUGUGUUUGUGUCGUGUGUGUGAGUCGUGUGUGUGAGUCGUGUGUUUGUGUGACCCCCUAUGAUUGAAUGCCCCCUCUACGCCCUCGCUGAAAUGUCACGUCUGAUGAAUACGCGUACCAACCGUCUUUGUGUUUGUCUCUGCUGUUGUCCCUGGUGAGCAAGCAGCGAGGGGCCGUGUUCACCGCUAAUGACUGGUCGCUGUAUGUCCAGCCCCUCUCCUGCCUCUGGGUGGAUCAGUAGAAGGGGAGGAAGAGGAGGACAGCCAUCCUGCUUGUCUCUCAUUCUCUCUGACAACUUGAUUCAUCCCAUCUACUGCACUGCUCCCAGAGGGAUUUUCUGCAUGGAUUUAUCUGGUUGUAGUUUGCAACUCCGUAAUAUAGUGAACAUCUGAGUCCUGUGUCUCUAUGGAUGACUCUACAUGUUUGGGUCUUUGAAGUGUAGUAUUAUUAUUAUAAUUACAUGUAGCUACUCUGAUGGGAGCCAGCCAGGUGAGGGAGAGAGUGGCUCUGUGAUUUGCUGACUGCCUAAGGGAAGGUAGAUGUUCUACGCCAGUAAUGCCAAACCACGCUUUUCCAAGACAAACAUUGCUAAAAGCACCUCUAAAAGUUUGUAUUUUUCAACUUAUUAAUGUGGUCUACAUUUGUCAGUGUUAGCUGGAAGAAGAAUUUCCAUGUAAAGAAAAACAACUCAAGUGACAAAUAUCCAGAGGGUAUAGGAAUGGUAAUGUUGGAUGUGAUUUCAAAAAUAGAAAGGUUCACACCAGGACCAUUUGCCACCUGGGGAUAUUUUACUUGUACAUUAGACAGGAACCACCUGAGGGUGAUCUCAUGGAAAUGGUCUUGCCAUUCUCAAUGUCUCAGUGUUUCUCAGAUGGCCUAUCAAAGCUCUGGUGAUGCUGUUGUUGUUAUUGAUGGGAUGUUUGAAUUUAAUCAGUGCAGUACAGUGUCCCUCUGAGCAAAGUAGCUGCUUGACUGUCACGUCUUCCUAUGUGCCAAUGACAUGGCCCACAGACAUGACUGAAAUCCUGUCACACCAAUGACAUGGCCCACAGACAUGACUGACAUCCUAUCACACCAAUGACAUGGCUCACAGAUAUGACGGACAUCCUAUCACACUAAUGACAUGGCCCACAGAUAUACGGACAUCCUAUCACACCAAUGACAUGGCCCACAGUCAUGAUGGAGACAGUACAGGUGCAUCAAAGCCAAGACUGAGAGACUAAAAAACAGCUUCUAUUACCAGGCCAUUAGACUGUUGAACAGCUUCUAUUACCAGGCCAUUAGACUGUUGAACAGCUUCUAUUACCAUCAGACUGUUGAACAGCUUCUAUUACCAGACCAACAGACUGUUGAACAGCUUCUAUUACCAGGCCAUCAGACUGUUGAACAGCUUCUAUUACCAGACCAUCAGACUGUUGAACAGCUUCUAUUACCAGACCAACAGACUGUUGAACAGCUUCUAUUACCAGGCCAUCAGACUGUUGAACAUCACUAGCCGUCUACCAGGUGAUGCACACUCACUCACAAAACACACAGACAAGCUAUCACACACACGUACACACACCUCCACCACCUCAUACUGAUGAUGGGAUAACGUCCCCAAGUCACCUACACAGAGGUGUCAGUCAGCAGCCUAGAGAGGACCUGCCACCACCAUGUCUCUCCCAGCAACCUCAGUCAGACACACACACACAAUCACCCUGUUAUCCAGGUCCAAAGCCUCUCCCGCUCGUAUCUUUUAUGGAAGUGUGUAUUGUCAAACAGAUAAAGCCAUGAUCAGAUCCUUGACCUGGUGUUCCCUCUCUGACCUGCUGUUAACCCCUAUGGCAUUGAGGCCGGCCCAAUUCGGCCCCAGUCAGCCAGGAAGUACAGCCCCUAUCAGGGCUAAGGCCACAUUCUAAACCCCUACCUCUGUAGCUCUGUCCUGUCACCUUUAUUACUGCUGGAGUCUAUCUCCAUCUCCCAAACAACGCUGUGGCUGUUAAUGACAUACAGUUGAAGUCCGAAUUUUACAUACACUGAGGUUGGAGUGAUUAAAACUUGUUUUUCAACCACUCCACACAUUUCUUGUUAACAAACUAUAGUUUUGGUGCAUGUCAGAAGUAUGUGCAUGACAGAAGUAAUUUUUCCAACAAUUGUUUACAGACAUAUUAUUUCACUUUAAAUUCAAUGUAUCACAAUUCCAGUGGGUCAGAAGUUUACAUACACUAAGUUGACUGUACCUUUAAACAGCUUGGAAAAUUCCAAAAAAUGAUAUCUUGGCUUUAGAAGCGACUGAUAGGCUAAUUGACAUAAUUUGAGUCAGUUGGAGGUGUACCUGUGGAUGUAUUUCAAGGCCUACCUUCAAACUCAGUGCCUCUUUGCUUGAGUAAGGAAGGACAAUUAUGUGUAUAUAUUGAAGCAACAUCUCAAGACAUCAGUCAGGAAGUUAAAGCUUGGUCGCAAAUGGGUCUUCCAAAUGGACAAUGACCCCAAAUAUACUUCCAAAGUUAUGGCAAAAUGGCUUAAGGACAACAAAGUCAAGGUAUUGGAGUGGCAAUCACAAUGCCUUGACCUCAAUCCUAUAGAACAUUUGUGGGCAGAACUGAAAAAAAGUGUGCGAGCAAGGAGGCCUACAAACCUGACUCAGUUACACCAGCUCUGUCAGGAGGAAUGGGCCAAAAUUCACCCAACUUAUUGUGGGAUGCUUGUGGAAAGCUACCCGAAACGUUUGACCCAAGUUAAACAAUUUAAAGGCAAUUCUACCAAAUACUAAUUGAGUGUAUGUAAACUUCUGACCCACUGGGAAUGUGAUGAAAGAAAUAAAAGUUGAAAUAAACCAUUCUCUCUACUAUUAUUCUGACAUUUCACAUUCUUAAAAUAAGUGGUGAUCCUAACUGACCCAAGACAGAUACUUUUUACUAGGAUUAAAUGUUAUGAAUUGUGAAAAACUGAGUUUAAAUGUAUUUGGCUAAGGUGUAUGUAAACUUCUGACUUCAACUGUUUAUUUUAUUUUUUAUUUAACCUUUAUUUAACCAGGUAAGCCAGUUGAGAACAAGUUCUCAUUUACAACUGCGACCUGGCCAAGAUAAAUCAAAGCAGUGCGAUAAAAAACAACAACACAGAGUUACAUAUGGGGUAAACAAAACAUAAAGUCAAAAAUACAACAGAAAAUAUAUAUACAGUGUGUGCAAAUGUAGCAAGUUAUGGAGGUAAGGCAAUAAAUAGGCCAUAGUGCAAAAUAAUUACAAUUUAGUAGUAACACUGGAAUGAUAGAUGUGCAAGAGAUUAUGUGCAAACAGAGAUACUGGGGUGCAAAUUAGCAAAAUAAAUAACAAUAUGGGGAUGUGGUAGUUGGGUGGGCUAAUUUCAGAUGGGCUGUGUACAGGUGCAGUGAUCGGUAAGGUGCUCUGACAACUGAUGCUUAAUGUUAGUGAGGGAGAUAAGAGUCUCCAGCUUCAGAGAUUUUUGCAGUUCGUUCUAGUCAUUGGCAGCAGAGAACUGGAAGGAAUGGCGGCCAAAGGAGGUGUUGGCUUUCGGGAUGACCAGUGAGAUAUACCUGCUGGAGCGCAUACUACGGGUGGGUGUUGCUAUGGUGACCAAUGAGCUAAAAUAAGGCGGGGAUUUGCCUAGCAGUGAUUUAUAGAUGAGGGGGGGGGGGCAUGGGCAAGUUGCAGUGGAGGGUGCAGAGCUGGUGGCCGGGGUAGUGGUAGCCAGGUGGAAAGCAUGGCCAGCCGUAGCAAAAUGCUUGUUGAAAUUCUCGAUUAUUGUAGAUUUAUCGGUGGUGAUAGUGUUUCCUAGCCUCAGUGCAGUGGCAGCUGGGAGGAGGUGCUCUAAUUCUCCAUGGACUUUACAGUGUCCCAAAACUUUUUGGAGUUAGUGCUACAGGAUGCAAAUUUCUGUUUGAAAAAGCUAGCCUUUGCUUUCCUAACUGCUUGUGUAUAUUGGUUCCUAACUUCCCUGAAAAGUUGCAUAUCGCGGGGGCUAUUCGAUGCUAAUGCAGUACGCCACAGGAUGUUUUUGUGCUGGUCAAGGGCAGUCAACUCUGAGGAGAACCAGGGACUAUAUCUGUUCUUAGUUCUGAAUUUUUUGAAUGGGGCAUGCUUAUUUAAGAUUAAGAGGAAAGCACUUUUAAAGAACAACCAGGCAUCCUCUACUGACGGAAUGAGAUCGAUAUCCAUCCAGGAUACCUGGGCCAGGUCAAUUAGGAAGGCCUGCUCGCUAAAGUGUUUUAGGGAGCAUUUGACAGUAAUGAGGGGUGGUCGUUUGACCGCGGACCCGUUACAGACGCAGGCAAUAAGGCAGUGAUCGCUGAGAUCCUGGUUGAAGACAGCGGAGGUGUAUUUAGAGGGUAAGUUAGUCAGGAUGAUAUCUAUGAGGGUGCCCAUGUUUACGGAUUUAGGGUUGUACUGGUAGGUUCCUUGAUAAUUUGUGUGAGAUUGAGGGCAUCUAGUUUGGAUUGUAGGAUGGCCGGGGUGUUAAGCAUAUCCCAGUUUAGGUCACCAAGCAGUACGAACUCUGAGGAUAGAUGGGGGGCAAUCAAUUCACAUAUGGUGUCCAGGGCACAGCUGGGGGCUGAGGGGGGUCUGUAGCAAGCGGCAACAUUGAGAGACUUAUUUCUGGAAAGGUGGAUUUUUAGAAGUAGGAGCUCAAACUGUUUGGGCACAUACCUGGAUAGUAUGAUAGAGCUCUGCAGGCUAUCUCUACAGUAGAUUGCAACUCCACCCCCUUUGGCAGUUCUAUCUAGACGGAAAAUGUUGUAGUUGGGGAUGGAAAUUUCUGAAUUUUUGGUGGCCUUCCUAAGCCAGGAUUCAGACACUGCUAGAACAUCAGGGUUGGCAGAGUGUGCUAACGCAGUGAAUAACUCAAACUUAGGAAGGAGGCUUCUGAUGUUAACAUGCAAAAAGCCAAGGCUUUUACGGUUACAGAAGUCAACAAAUGAUAGCGCCUGGGGAGUAGGAGUGAUACUGGGGGCUGCAGGGCCUGGGUUAACCUCUACAUCACCAGAGGAACAGAGGAGGACUAGAAUAAGGAUACGGCUAAAGAACUGGUCUUCUAGUGCAUUGCGUACAGAGAAUAAAAGGGGAAGAUUUCCGGACGUUGUAGAAUAGAUUCAGGGCAUUAUGUACAGACAAGGAUAUGGAAGGAUAUGAGUACAGUGGAGGUAAACCUAAGCGUUGGGUAACAAUGAAAGAGAUAGCAUCACUGGAGGCACCGAUUGAGCCGGUCUCCGCGUGUAUGGGGGGUGGAACAAAGGAGCUAUUUGAGGCAGUUUGAGAGGGACUUGGGGCUCUACAGUGAAAUUGUAUAAUAAGAACUAACUGGAACAGCAAUAGGCAAGGCAUAUUGACAUGGGAGAGAGGCAUAAAGCAAUCACAGGUGUUAUUCGAGAGAGCUAAGACAACAACUGGUAAUGGCGAUAAAAGUUUGGGCUGAGGCUAAACAGAUAAAACAGUACAGGGUACCGUGUAAAGGAACAGUCCAGCAGGCAUCAGCUGUGCAGCUGAGUGAUCAUAAGGUCCAGUGAACAACAAUGUGAGUCCGAGAGCAGUUCGAAUUGGUGCUACAGCACAGGCGAUCAGGAAGCACGCCUGUUGAAUUGCGUGUGCUAGCGGGCCGGGGCUAGCAGAUGGAACUUAGUGGUCGUCGCAACGGGAAGCCUGUUGAAACCACAGACAAUUACGUCGGCAGACCAGUCGUGAUGGAUCGGCGGGGCUCCGUGUCGACACUAGGAGGUCCCGUCCGGUUGACAGAGAGGUAGAUAACCGGGAGAUGGGCCUGACUCAAGGCUAGCUCAAGGCUGAUUAGCCAACCACAACAUCCAUUCGGUUGCAGCUAGCUAGUUGCGAUGAUCCGGUGUUAAAGGUCCAGUGAUUCAGUUAUUCCGGCAGAAAAUCAGACGUUCUGGGUGAAAACCGCUAACGGUGGCUAAUAGCAAGUAGCUAGUUAGCUGGCUAGCUAGUUUCAACUGGAGAUUCUAGAUAAAAGGUAAGUAAAUAGUAGAAUCCGUUCCACAUUGAGUGAGGCGGGUUGCAGGAAAGUAUAUUUAGUAGAAGGAUGAAAAGUGUGAUAGGGAAAUAUAUACAACAAAAGACAAAAAAAUAAAAAAACAGGCUAUUUAUACGGACACACAACAGAGUACACGACCGCACUGCUACGCCAUCUUGGAUUCUGUACAUAUGUAUGAGGGGGCACGAUAAUCAAUAUGACAAACAUAGUGGCUUGGCUUGGCUUGGCUGGGGCUUUCUCCCAGACCCUGGAGACUCAUUCCUCAGAGAAUGUAGUGGUGAAGUGGACAGGAGAGCACAACACCGUCACCGGGCCCAGCACAGAGCACAGCCCCUCACCGCACUGAAUGUCACUAUGUGCACAGUGACUCUGUCUUUUUACCAUGCUGUGGUAUUGCUGCUGCUCCCUGAACAGCUCAGUCGGUACACACACACACACACACACACACACACACACACACACAUUCUCUGUCAUGUAAAUGGCCAGACUAAAUCAGUCACAGACAGAUGUGCACACACACACAUUCACAUUCUCCCUCUUUUACACACGCUCACAGGUGUACACACACACACACACAGACACACAGUGACAGGGGACAUGCUGGGGGGAGCUGAUAAACUCCUCAGAAAGCCAAUCUCUCCCCUGCAAACAUCUUCAAUACAUCAGCCAUCAAAGGAGUCUAAUCCCAUUACUCUUGUAGCUUUGUUAGGUUUUGUUUGGAGAUGAGUCCCCAUUCCCGUCCCUGUCCCCUCGACCUGGCCUAUGCCAGACACGUCCCUUUGUUGCUGAGGCUGAGCAGGUAUUUAGGGGCCACCUUCCUGUGUAAACAGCCUCGGGUGGUGAGAUUAUGGCCGCCAUCAUUGGGCCAUACAUCAUCCUGAGGUGAGGCACGCCACGGGGGGAGGAAGGAGGGAGUGAAGGGGAGGGGGGAGGAAGGGGGAGGGAUGCUAACGGGAUGAGAGCAGGUAAAUUAGCCAGACUCCAGCGUGAUCCUCUAAUCUGUUGUGUUGUGUUGUGUCGGUCCUGUAGAUCAUGUGUCAGUGGGCGGCCUGGGAGACAGCUUCUAUGAGUACCUCCUCAAGGCCUGGCUGAUGUCGGACAAGACAGAUGAGGAGGGCAAAAAACUCUACUACGACGCUCUGCAGGUAAACCCCUCCAGACACCUAGCCUACACACCUCUUUCAUAUCCUCUCCUCUGCUCCUUUCACCCUCCUUUCUACUCCCCCUCUGCUCCCACUCCUCUCCUCUGCUCCUUUCACCCUCCUUUCUACUCCCCCUCUGCUCCCACUCCUCUCCUCUGCUCCUUUCACCCUCCUUUCUACUCCCCCUCUGCUCCCACUCCUCUCCUCUGCUCUUGUCUUCUCUCCUCAGCUUUUCUCCUGUCUUACUGAGAUGAAUGGCUACAGUACCAGCACUAUCUGAAGCACUGACUAUACCUUGUCAAGAGGCUCUUUCAACCUCGAUUGAAAGCUUUUGUCUGUGUGUCAACAACAGUUACAUUUCUUCAAAUACUGUGAACAGUCAGAGUCGGAAAUCAAUAACAGUAUGGGUUGGAGUCUGAAUGUAAAGCAUGCUACGCCAGGUAGGAGUUGUCUAUUUCUGAGUGUGGAUAACAAACCGCACUCCACAGGAUAUAGUUAAAGUAGGGUUGAAGGCGGUCAGUGGAUGUGGGGGGCAGCCGGACUCAGAGCUCUGUCUGGUGAGAUGGGCUCUGACUGCUGCUAGCCCAAUUCUCUGUUUCAUUAGAGCCAAGCAGCCUGUCCUGUGGGAGAUAAACAUAUUUCUGUCUGUACAGUCGUGGUCAAAAGUUUUGAGAAUGACACAAGUAUUGGUCUUCACAAAGUUCGCUGCUUCAGUGUUAUGAGAUACUUUUGUCAGAUGUUACUAUGGAAUACUGAAGUAUAAUUACAAGCACCCUUCUUUUUCAAGACCUCUGCAAUCCGCCCUGGCAUGCUGUCAACAUCCUGACUGAUGGCAGCCCAUUCUUGCAUAAUCAAUGCUUGGAGUUUGUCAGAAUUUGUGGGUUUUUGUUUGUCCACCCGCCUCUUGAGUAUUGACCACAAGGUCUGGGGAGUUUCCUGGCCAUGGACCCAACAUUUCGACGUUUUUUUCCCGAGCCACUUAGUUAUCACUUUUGCCUUAUGGCAAGGUGCUCCAUCAUGCUGGAAAAGGCAUUGGUCGUCACCAAGCUGUUCUUGGAUGGUUGGGAGAAGUUGCUCUCGGAGGAUGUGUUGGUACCAUUCUUUAUUCAUGGCUGUGUUCUUAGGCAAAAUUGUGAGUGAGCCCACUCCCUUGGCUGAGAAGCAACCCCACACAUGAAUGGUCUCAGGAUGCUUUACUGUUGGCAUGACACAGGACUGAUGAUAGAGCUCACCUUGUCUUCUCCGGACAAGGUGUUUUCCGGAUGCCCCAAACAAUCGGAAAGGGGAUUCAUCAGAGAAAAUGACUUUACCCCAGUCCUCAGCAGUCCAAUUCCUGUACCUUUUGCAGAAUAUCAGUCUGUCCCUGAUGUUUUUCCUGGAGAGAAGUGGCUUCCUUGCUGCCCUUCUUGACACCAGGCCAUCCUCCAAAAGUCUUCGCCACACUGUGCGUGCAGAUGCACUCACACCUGCCUGCUGCCAUUCCUGAGCAAGCUCUGCACUGGUGGUCCUGCAGUUGAAUCAACUCUAGGAGACGGUCCUGGCGCUUGCUGGACUUUCUUGGGCACCCUGACGCCUUCUUCACAACAAUUGAACCUCUCUCCUUGAAGUUGUUGAUGAUCCGAUAAAUGGUUGAUUUAGGUGCAAUCUUACUAGCAGCAAUAUCCUUGCCUGUGAAGCCCUUUUUGUGCAAAGCAAUGAUGACGGCACGUGUUUCCUUGCAGGUAACCAUGGUUAACAGAGGAAGAACAAUGAUUUCAAGCACCACCCUCCUUUUAAAGCUUCCAGUCUGUUAUUCUAACUCAAUCAGCAUGACAGAGUGAUCUCCAGCCUUGUCCUCGUCAACACUCUCUCCUGUGUUAACGAGAGAAUCACUGACAUGAUGGCAGCUGGUCCUUUUGUGGCAGGGCUGAAAUGCAGUGGAAAUGUUUUUGGGGGAUUAAGUUCAUUUUCAUGGCAAAGAGGGACUUUGCAAUUAAUUGCAAUUCAUCUGAUCACUCUUCAUGACAAUCUGGAAUAUAUGCAAAUUGCCAUCAUCAAAACUGAGGCAGCAGACUUUGUGAAAAUUAGUAUUUGUGUCAAUCUCAAAACUUUUGACCAAGACUGUACAGAGGUCCACAAGGACCCAGACUGCUCCAGGAUAUUACUCUCUCUCCUCGAGUCCCCUCCCAGCCAGCCUCGUUUCCCCACCACACCUGCCCGCCUGCCAUCCACCUGGGCGAGACACCACAAGCAGGUCACCCACAGCGAGAGGGUCCCCAUGGCCACGCCAUGCCAUCCUCUAUUUCGGUCAAGCAGCCUGAGAGGCAGGCGGUUAGGAACAGACUGUUCUCUUAUUAAUGGCUCCUUGGCAUCCUCGCCUCAGUGCCGGCCCGGCCUACAUUCUCUCUCUCUCCCUCUCCCUCUCCCUCUCCCUCUCCCUCUCCCUCUCUCUCUCCCUAUCUCUCUCUCUUCUCUCUAUCCUCUCUCUCUAUCUCUCUCUCUCUCUCUCUCUCUCUCUCUCUCUCUCUCUCUCUCUCUCUCUCUCUCUCUCUCCUCUCUCUCUCUCUCUCUCUCUCUCUCUCUCUCCCUAAAUCAACUCUCUCUCUCUGUCUCAUGAGAAGCUGAACAAGAUGCGCUGCUGUCUGCCUCUGUCUAUCUGCUCCAGGUCUAUUUGUCUGUCAGGCUUUAGAUCCCCCCCUGGAUGGAGGUUAGGGAGAACAUAUGGCCACAGGGACUCACAGAAGGUAGCUAUAAAAUAUAUAUGGUUCAUAUAUAUGCUUUAUCUGUUCCUGAAGCACUAGUAGUCAGAGGCAGAGAUUGAAGGAAAUGGUCUCAGCAGGAACAGGCUGGGCUGUUGCUAAACAGGACAUAGGCUGCCUUUAAAGAGACCAAAGGAAAUGAAAUAACCAGCUUAGGGGAAUAUUAAUCAGCUGGUUUUCUGAGGCGGAACGCGGCGUAUAAAGCCCAGCCGCCUAUACACGGACCCAUUUACAUGAUGUGUUACACUCUACAAAAGCACCGAUCUGAAUGAUCUUUUGAAAAUGUCAUUACUUUCAGGAGAUUUGCCAUAUUUCGUUUUCUUAGGUCUUCCCCAUGCAGGAGAAAAGCAGACCCAAUGAAUAUGAAAAGAAAUGUGCCAAGUGAAGCGAUGAACAAUGAGGCGUAUCAGAGAAUGCACCUGGAAUAGUGUAGCGUUUCAACAUGCCGUCGACUUGUCUUUGCUGCGGUUAUUUAUUCCCUAUGUUAAAAGGCAGGUUUAUAUCUCUCUCUACAUCAGUAAUGGCCCUAUAUUUCUGUAAUAACUGUGUUUUGUCUGUCAGUCAUGUGAUGGUACUGUAUUGGACACCUGCUGUGUGGCUAGCGGCGGAGAGACGGGCCGCCCGUUGUUCUGAAUGAUUUGUUGUCCUCCUGGUGUCAUGUCUCGCUGUGGAUGGGACACGCCUGUCAUUCCAGAAUGUCUCUGGGUAAAGUGGCCCUCGUGUAUGUGUAAAUUUCAGGGAUAAAUAGGAGCAGCGUUCUUUGUGUCCACGCUGCCCCAGAAAAUAGAUAACACUGGCUGGCCACCAGCUGGGACCCCUAGUUUUCCUACAACAGCAGCUUCAUCAAGCUUAACAAUGCUAUUUGGGCAGUAGUUAUUCAUGUUCCGGAAGGGUCCACCCCAUUUGCAUGGGAAUGGCCCUUGUCUGGGACUAGGGUUGGAUAGAGUGCUCAUCUGUCUUCCGUUCUUGUCAUUGUCCUCCAGGCCAUUGAGACCAGUUUGAUAAGGAAGUCCAGCGGCGGCCUGAUGUACAUCGCCGAGUGGAAGGGCGGGCUGCUGGAGCACAAGAUGGGUCACCUGACGUGCUUUGCCGGGGGCAUGAUCGCCCUGGGGGCGGAUGGAGCGCCCGAAGACAAGACGGGUCACCAGAUGGAGCAGGCCGCAGAGAUUGCCCGAACCUGCCAUGAGUCCUACGCCCGCACCAGUGAGUCUGACUGACUGACUGACUGACCCCGACGUCUGGGGCACAUCAGUCCCCCUGUCUCCCUCUACAGCAGUGGUAGGCAACGGGGCUGCAGUGUGUACAGGCUUUUGUUUCUAUUCCGCUUGAACAUACCUGAUUCAACUAAUCCAGCUAAUCUUCAGAUUAGACCGUGAUUGGUUGAAUCAGCUGAGUUAAUGCUGGUCUGGAACAAAAGCCUGAACACACUGCAGCCCUUCAGAACCAGAGUUCGGAAAGUAUUUAGGCCCCUUGACUUUUUCCACAUUUUGUUACGUUACAUCCUUAUUCUAAAAUUGAUUAAAAUAUUGUUUUUCCUCAUCAAUCUACACACAAUACCCCAUAAUAACAAAAAUAAAAACAGAUAUAUUGCAUUUACAUAAGUAUUCAGACCCUUUGCUAUGAGACUCGAAAUUGAGUUCCGAUCCAUCCUGUUUCCAUUUAUCAUCUUUCAGAUGUUUCUACAACUUGAUUGGAGUCCACCUGUGGUAAAUUCAAUUGAUUGGACAUGAUUUGGAAAGGCACACACCUGUCUAUAUAAGGUCCCACAGUUGACAGUGCAUGUCAGAGCAAAAACCAAGCCAUGAGGUCGAAGGAAUUGUCCGUAGAGCUCCGAGACAGGAUUCUGUCGAGGCACAGAUCUGGGGAAGGGUACCAAAAUAUUUCUGCAGCAUUGAUUGUCCCCAAGAGUGGCCUCCAUCAUUCUUAAAUGGAAGAAGUUUGGAACCACCAAGACUCUUCCUAGAGCUGGCCGCCUGGCCAAACUGAGCAAUCAGGGGGGAAGGGCCUUGGUCAGGGAGGUGACCAAGAACCCGAUGGUAACUCUGACAGAGCUCCAGAGUUCCUCUGUGGAGAUGGGAGAGCCUUCCAGAAGGACAACAAUCUCUGCAGCACUCCCCCAAUCAGGCCUUUUAUGGUAGAGUGGCCAAACGGAAGCCACUCCUCAGUAAAAGGCACAGGACAGCCCGCUUGGAGUUUGCCAAAAGGCACCUAAAGGACUCUCAGAUCAUGAGAAACAAGGUUCUUUAGGCUGAUGAAACCAAGAUUGAACUCUUUGGCCUGAAUGCCAAGCGUCACGUCUGGAAGAAACUUGGAACCAUCCCUACGGUGAAGCAUGGUGGUGGCAGCAUCAUGUUGCGGGGAUGUUUUUCAGCAGCAGGGACUGGGAGACUAGUCAGGAUCAAGGGAAGGAUGAACAGAGAGUACAGAGAGAUCCUUGAUGAAAACCUGCUCCAGAGCUCUCAGGACCUCAGACUGGGGUGAAGGUUCACCUUCCAACAGGACAACGACCCUAAGUACACAGCCAAGACAACGCAGGAGUGGCUUUGGGACAAGUCUCUGAAAGUCCUGGAGUGGCCCAGCCAGAGCCCGGACUAGAUCCCGAUCGAACAUCUCUGGAGAGACCUGAAAAUAGCUGUGCAGCGAUGCUCCCCAUCCAACCUGACAGAGCUUGAGAGGAUCUGCAGAGAAGAAUGGGAGAAACUCCCCAAAUACAGGUGUGCCAAGCUAGUAGCGUCAUACCCAAGAAGAUCUGAGGCUGUAAUCGCUGCCAAAGGUGCUUCAACAAAGUACUGAUAUUUCAGUUUUUAAAAACAAUUAUACAAACCUGUUUUUCCUUUGUCAUUAUGGGGUAUUGUGUGUAGAUUGACGAGGGAAAAAAACAAUUGAAUCCAUUUCAGAAUAAGGCUGUAACGUAACAAAACUUUGAAAAAGUCAAGUGGUCUGAAUACUUUCCGAAUGCACUGUAUACACACACUCCUCUUCAGAGCAAGCCGUUGAGCCUGGUUUCUCUCUGAGCCCAGAGGGGCUGCUGGGUAGACAGAGCAUAGUGCCAGCCAGGUUAGUCUGAGUCAGAUGGUCUCUCCUCUCACUUCCUCUGGUCCGGAUUGACCAUCAGGAAACCUAUUAGGGCUGGGAAUUGGCAUAGACCUCACAAUUCAAUAUUAUCCCGGUACUUAGGUACCAAUACUAUAUGUAUUGCAAUUCGAUACUGUGAUUUUAUUGUGAUUCGAUGUUCCAAACAUAAUGCUCACCAUAUGUCUGCUGCAGAGAGACAUGAGAAAAUGAGUUUUGAUCAGUCAUGGAAAUAAAAGUGCUGAAAACAAAUUAGCUCCUUAUUUCAAAAGAAGAUGGAGAACAAGCUAUGAAGGAAAAAUACUGGAGCAUUGGUGCAGGUACAGCCAACUAGUACAAAAAUAAUAUUGCAAUAUUGUCAAAAUGAUACGAUAUAUCGUAAAAAAUUAUAUGCCGAUAUGUAACUAUCCAUUUCUUUCCCCCAUCACUACAAUAUAUCUAUCCAUCUACAGUGAGGGAAAAAAGUAUUUGAUCCCCUGCUGAUUUUGUACGUUUGCCCACUGACAAAGACAUGAUCAGUCUAUAAUUUUAAUGGUAGGUUUAUUUGAACAGUGAGAGACAGAAUAACAACAACAAAAUCCAGAAAAACGCAUGUCAAAAAUGUUAUAAAUUGAUUUUCAUUUUAAUAAGGGAAAUAAGUAUUUAACACCUCUGCAAAACAUGACUUAGUACUUGGUGGCAAAACCCUUGUUGGCAAUCACAGAGGUCAGACGUUUCUUGUAGUUGGCCACCAGGUUUGCACACAUCUCAGGAGGGAUUUUGUCCCACUCCUCUUUGCAGAUCUUCUCCAAGUCAUUAAGGUUUCGAGGCUGAUGUUUGGCAACUCGAACCUUCAGCUCCCUCCACAGAUUUUCUAUGGGAUUAAAGGUCUGGAGACUGGCUAGGCCACUCCAGGACCUUAAUGUGCUUCUUCUUGAGCCACUCCUUUGUUGCCUUGGCUGUGUGUUUUGGGUCAUUGUCAUGCUGGAAUACCCAUCCACGACCCAUUUUCAGUGCCCUGGCUGAGGGAAGGAUGUUCUCACCCAAGAUUUGACGGUACAUGGCCCCGUCCAUCGUCCCUUUGAUGCAGGGAAGUUGUCCUGUCCCCUUAGCAGAAAAACACCCUCAAAGCAUAAUGUUUCCACCUCCAUGUUUGACUGUGGGGAUGGUGUUCUUGGGGUCAUAGGCAGCAUUCCUCCUCCUCCGAACACGGCGAGUUGAGUUGAUACCACAGAGCUCGAUUUUGGUCUGAUCUGACCACAACACUUUCACACAGUUCUCCUCUGAAUCAUUCAGAUGUUCAUUGGCAAACUUCAGACGGCCCUGUAUAUGUGAUUUCUUGAGCAGGGGGACCUUGCGGGCGCUGCAGGAUUUCAGUCCUUCACGGCGUAAUGUGUUACCAAUUGUUUUCUUGGUGACUAUGGUCCCAGCUGCCUUGAGAUCAUUAACAAGAUCCUCCUGUGUAGUUCUGGGCUGAUUCCUCACCGUUCUCAUGAUCAUUGCAACUCCACGAGGUGAGAUCUUGCAUGGAGCCCCAGGCCGAGGGAGAUUGACAGUUCUUUUGUGUUUCUUCCAUUUGCGAAUAAUCGCACCAACUGUUGUCAUCUUCUCACCAAGCUGCUUGUCGAUGGUCUUGUAGCCCAUUCCAGCCUUGUGUAGGUCUACAAUCUUGUUCCUGACAUCCUUGGAGAGCUCUUUGGUCUUGGCCAUGGUGGAGAGUUUGGAAUCUGAUUGAUUAAUUACUUCUGUGGACAGGUGUCUUUUAUACAGGUAACAAGCUGAGAUUAGGAGCACUCCCUUUUAGAGUGUGCUUCUAAUCUCAGCUCGUUACCUGUAUAAAAGACAACUGGGAGCCAGAAAUCUUUCUGAUUGAGAGGGGGUCAAAUACUUAUUUCCCUCAUUAAAAUGCAAAUCAAUUUAUAACAUUUUUUUGUUGUUAUUCUGUCUCUCACUGUUCAAAUAAACCUACCAUUAAAAUUAUAGACUGAUCAUUUCUUUGUCAGUGGGCAAACGUGCAAAAUCAGCAGGGGAUCAAAUACUUUUUUCCCUCACUGUACCUAUCUAUCAAUUUACUAUCAACAGAACUGGCUCAGGACAUCGCUAGAUUAGAUUCAGAUACGGUUCUAUGAAGCAGUGUAAUCCGCUGACCCUGCCUGACUCCACAGCACCCCUGUGCCCCCAUCCCACCUCCAACCCACCUCAAUCCCCUCCCCCACCCCCGCUGAGUCACUGCCUGCCUGUGUGCAUAGGUGCUAGUUCUCAUCAAACAGGGAUUACAGGAAUGAACAAUAGGCCUAAACCCUGUUAAUUCCCUUUACCUUUUGAACUUUGCUUUACUCAUAAUCUGGUCUCUGGGCUGGUGGCCUGCUGUGAAAUGUCAUCAUGGGUUCAUGCUCCAUCCAGGAACUGAAGUUUAGUUUUCUGGGUUCUCUUGACAUUCUGUGUCCUUUACUUUCACCUAGAGCUAGGUUUGGGUUUUUCGUUGACGUGUUGUUGUCUUCCUUUGUUCCCGUGUCAUAGCCCUGAAGCUGGGCCCGGAGGCGUUCAGGUUUGACGGGGGCGUGGAGGCCAUCGCCACGCGGCAGAACGAGAAGUACUUCAUCCUGAGGCCAGAGGUCAUCGAGACCUACAUGUACAUGUGGAGGUUCACCCACGACCCUAAGUACAGGGAGUGGGGCUGGGAGGCCGUGCAGGUGAGAACUACAGUAGGGUUGGGCGAUAUCCAGAUUUUCAUAUCGCCAUACCGUCCAUCUCUCACCCUGGGAUUUACGGUAUUACCGGUUUGGUACACAAGUGGGCGCCAAAAAAAGCUCAAAAUGCUAACAACAUUAUCACAGGUAAUAGUGCAUUUCCAUGGAGGCUGCUAGCUAAAUAUGCAAACGAGCGCAAUAGAAAAUAAACGAAUUGCAAAGACAGGCAAUCAAGCUCAUACAGUUAUACAUAUAUAGGUAGGAGCUACCGAAUGUCAUUUUUUGGUGAGUUUGGACUUUCACGAGCGAAUGUGAACAAGAGACAUUGUGCAAAUGAACAAAGCUUUAAUGCAUGCAGUACUGGCUCUCCAACAGUCUGUGUGGACUGUGGAGUCUGGAGUCGCUAGGGCAACGGGCCUGCCUGCUCUGCUUAGAGAAGAGGGGGGAGGAGCAGACGGGCCAAGAACAGAGAGGAGAAAACAUCGCAGUGGCAGCUGUACAGAUAAAUCAUCCAAAGGGCUUUGACUUUUCAAACACGUCAGAAAGCUAACACAAUAUGAUGCCCCAUCACCUUAUUAAUUGAGCCACUUACUUAGAUACCAAGUUAAACUAGGGGUCGUGUUAACCCAUAAUUCAGAGUUUUUCACGCAGGAGAAAAAUAGAAAACGCAUAAGAAAUAUAUUGCUGCAUUUUGUAAACACAUCUAAAAUGCUUCUUCUUGUAAUUUCUGCUCGGCAUCAGACUCAUUUUGUGCUUCAGUUGCACUUUUAAACUGGGAUGAGAAUUCAGGAACGGGCGUUCUAUCAGCAGACUGCACUCUGACUGAUGUAUAGCUUCCUUUCUCGGUGUAGCCAGCCUAUUUUUCUUUGGUAAAAUGCAAGAUUAACUUUAAGCAAAACAUUAGCAAAUGUAGCCGGCUACAUUCUUUCGAUGAUCGGCCUAAACAUUAGAAAUAUGAUGGCCAUGCAUCGUUUUUGCAAAAGAUACCUUGCUUUUUCAUUGUAAGCUCAUUUACUUGUGUGUCUGCCAGCCAAAUAGCGUUGCACUUCUGUUGUCAUUUGAUGAAAAUUAGGCUAUUUUCUGCUGAAUGUAUUGCACUAAUGUAUUUUCUGUGAAGGAAAACUAAAGUUGCACGUCUCUGAUCACUCUUUUGAAGCCAAAAAACACUGUGGACUUCCAAUUUUAAACACAAUCCCUGUCAAUACACAGCUGGACUCAUCUGCUCCCGCUUUCUCCUGUUGUGCUAUUUACAAACUAACACGUGACUGGCUCAACUGUGCUGGGGAACUACGAUAAGCUUCAUAAUGUAAAAUAAUGUGACCGGUGAAAUAAGAACGCUAUCUGCUUUAUCUCCUAACGCAUUACACAAGUUGACUGCAGGUAUGUACUUAAAAAGUAGCUACAAAUAUUAAAAUGUAUUGAAAAACAUCAAAUAAAUAGUUUCAACAGUAUUGACGGUAUUGGAAAACCAUCCCGUGGCUAUUUCCAAAUACCCUGGUAUACAGUAUAUAUGGUAUACUGCCCAAGCCUAAACUACAGUACCCAUCAUCCAUCAGAACUAUCCCACCACAGUCCUUCCUGUCAUGUUUGUGUCACUCUGUCCCUUCCUAACCUCCACUGAGAAGAGACUUCCUCUCAAAUCACAGUGAAAAGGGCUCUGCACUCCAAUAGACCCCUGUUCACUGUGAUUUGUAGACUCAUUCAGGUCUACACAUGGCUAAUUCUGAGCGCAGUAGGCUCCAAAACCUCUGAGACUCUUCCUUCCUCACUUCUCUCUCUCUCUCUCGCUCUCCCUCCCUCCCUCCCCUCUGCUGUAUCAUUGCCAUGCUGCAACAGAACAGAACAGUGGCGAUGGUGAAUGCUGAUUGCCCAAAUCCCAGAGCCGUGUAAUUGUAUCCACUAAUGACAUGAGAUUACCUCUGAUGGGCCUUGUGUUAGCCAUAAAUCUGCCUGUCUCUCUACCUGCCUGCAGAUACUGUACCUCCUCCUCCCUCCUCCCUCUUCAGCCAGACUGGAUGUGUGAACACUGCAGCCCCUUCCUCCUCAGCCCCAUUCUCUCCCUGAGUCAUUGUGCCUAAGGCAGCCUCCCCUUCUCUCCUUUCCUCUCCCCCCCCCCCCCACCCCCAGGCAGAGCAGCCACACUGAAUUGAAAUGUGCUGGCUCAACAACUAGCUAGCACAGAGCAUACAUCUCCAACACACUGACAUAAGAACAGAGUCAGCUCAACACUGCUCCCUCCGCUCUACUUUCUGUUCUCUCUCUGUGUCUCUCAGGCUCUGGAGAAGCACUGUCGUGUGGAGGGGGGCUACAGUGGUGUGAGGGAUGUCUACGCCUCCAGCCCCAACCAUGACGACGUCCAGCAGAGCUUCUACCUGGCCGAGACACUCAAGUAAGACCCUCACACACACACACACACACACACACACACACACACAGUGUCAUCUAGUCACUCACUGUCAUUCUGCAUAGAGGCAUCUGGAUACCUAGUAUGAAAACUUUGGCCUUGCCUUUUCCAUUAUAGUCAUUUAGCAGAUGCUCUUAUCCAGAGCGACUUACAGUUAGUGCAUUCAUCUUAAGAUGGCUAGGUGGGACAACCACAUAUCACAGUCAGAGUAAGUACAUUUUUCCUCAAUAAAGUAGCUAUCAGCAAAGUCAGCGCUAGUAAUAGGGGGGAAAAAGUCAAGUGCGAUUGUUAGUCCAUUAGAUAGAAAUGUUAUCGAUCUUGUCUGAAAAUACAUCAGGUUUGUUGGCAUGCUUUUGUUAUCCUACAUCCUUCCCCAGAACCUUCCCUUGAAUAACUACAGUAUUGGAUUUUCUUGAAAAUAUACUGGGACAGGUGAGGUCAUGAAUGUUCCUCCCCAUUAUACCAAGUAGACCGUUAUCUUAAUCUUCUCGUGUGUGGAUGAGUUCGACACCCACACAGUUCCAUGACAUCUAAGACCUGCUCUAGAGUUUCAUCACAUCCUGAAAAACAGACAUCAAUUCUAUGACAGCUCCUGACAUUCAGUUUGUUUGAACACUUCAAAACAGAUCAGAAGUAGAAUAAUGUCCUUCCCCCACUGAGUACUCCACCUCUGUCUGUGCUGUGCCUGCGAGCCUCUGAGGAGAAACUACUGACAUCCUGGGUGUAUUGUUGGGUGUAUUGUCACGGCCGGCUCAGACAGACAGGCAGGCUGCUGCUAGCACAGUGUGCUGUGGACUACAUGUACAGGGACCUCAGCAGGGACCUUUCUGUUGAGUAUCAGUGGUGUUGUUUUGUUUCUGUUGAGUAUCAGUGGUGUUGUUUUGUUUCUGUUGUGGAUCAGUGGUGUUGUUUUGUUUCUGUUGAGGAUCAGUGGUGUUGUUUUGUUUCUGUUGAGGAUCAGUGGUGUUGUUUUGUUUCUGUUGAGGAUCAGUGGUGUUGUUUUGUUUCUGUUGAGGAUCAGUGGUGUUGUUUUGUUUCUAUUGAGUGUCAGUGGUGUUGUUUUGUUUCUAUUGAUUGUCAGUGGUGUUGUUUUGUUUCUAUUGAGUGUCAGUGGUGUUGUUUUGCGCCCCUCCUGUGGGAGCCUUGUCACAGCACUCUGGUGUGACCUUAUAGAGAGGUCAUGGGCUCUGUGUCCCUGCUGUCCCUGCUCUGCUCUGUGUCCCUGCUCUGCUCGGCUCUACUCUGUGUCCCUCCUCUGCUCGGCUCUGCUCUGUGUCCCUCCCUUGCUCUGCUCUGUGUCCCUCUUCUGCUCGGCUCUGCUCUGUGUCCCUCCCCUGCUCUGCUCUGCUCCGGGGGCUAGGGACUGUAACGUCAGCCACGUCACCAUGACUCAGUCAGAUAACAACAAGCUGCACGCAGGAGAGAGGGAAAGAAGGAAAGGGAAAGAGAGGUAGGAAGAUGAAGAGAGAGAGAGAUGGAAAGAGGGGACCUGGGGAGAGAGGAAAAUAAGAUAGGUUCAAGGUUGGGAUAGAGAAAGGAUAAGAGGGUAAGUGAGGGAGGGAGGGAGUCUUGCUUGACAGAAAAGUGAAAUAUGUUUUCACCAUCCUGUGCAGUUAAUAACUGCAGCACUUUGAUGUUGGUGUUGAUUGUCCUUUUGUGCCCAAACCCCUGGGCUAAUCUGCCUCUCUGACUGAUGCUUCUAUGAAACGCUGUGUGAGUCCCACCGCUUAAUAGAGCCGUUCAAACUUCUCUAGUAUUUAAUGGUGGUGGAAAGUGCUGCAAUUUGGCGAAUAGGGUCUCCAGAUCCCAGGCCUGCCCAAAUGCCUUGUUUACUGAUGCUUGCAAAAUCCAUCUUUUAGGCACUGGCUCUCCCUCACUCCCUACUUUCUUCCACUCCCUUUUUUCUGCCUCUCUUACCUUCUCUUUCCCUCUCACCCUCUCUCUUCCUGUCACCCCUCUCCUUUCUCCUCUCUCUCCUCUCUCUCCAUCUCUCUCUCAGCCUCCUAGCCAGGGUCCUCCUCCUUCAUCUCUUAGAGUGAGGUCACAUUAGCAAUAGUGACUCUGAAAACGGUGUAUAUCUGUCUGUCUGGCUGUUUGCUUUGCUGUCUCCUCCCGUUCCUUCCCAGGGAGGUGGGCUGUGCUGUGGGCUUGUUGUAGCGCAUGGCCUACUGCAUUAACAAGUUCCCCCAGAUCAAAAGCUAAGCACUUGUCAACAUGAAGGGGCCCACAAGCCACCCCGCUUAUUCUCUUUGUUCCCAGUAUUAGGACACGGGAUUCUGUUAAAGAGGGAUCCUAUGCUAUGACUUAAUGAGUUAUUUUUGUUUUACUCCACAUUCCUAGUGUAGUGAAAUGGGGUUUUGAGUAAUCACUUGUGUUCUGAGAACACUGGGGGCUAAUGGGGGGGUCACUGACUGUGAUGGACUCAAUGUUCCUCCCCCUAGCUGUGCCUUGAUCUGGUUGGUCUGGUCUGGUUUAACUGUUGGGAGGAGGGCCUGGACUCUCUCUCCCACCCACGGCCUUUAAUCAUCCCUCUCUGUAACAUCUGGAGCCACCACCUAUCUCUUUCUCUUUCUCUCUUGGCAUGGGAGAGUUCCUGAACUGGUUGUUCCCUGAGUUGGUUUUGGGACAUGUCUUAUGAGACUGCCCACGACCCACCUCCUUCUCUGACACUCUCAGACUUCUAGUAGAUGUUGUCCAUGAUUGCAUCAGUCUGAGAACACAACUAGGAGUGGAGGUUGUUGGUAUAAAUAAGUGGGCUGUCUGAGGUCCUCAUGUUUUGUUGAUCACAUAUGAGUGUUUGAGCUAAGUUGAGUCUCUCUCUCGCUCUCUCAGAUACCUGUACCUGCUCUUCUCUGAUGAUGACCAUCUUCCCUUGGAGCACUGGGUGUUCAACACCGAGGCCCACCCCCUCCCUGUCAUUAAGAAGGAGAUGACAGACACAGACAAGCCCAGCCAGCUGGAGUAGAGUGGUCCUCCUGGACCACCCCCUGACCUGACCCCUCCCACCACCAAACUCCUCUACCCCCUCCCUCUCUGAGCAGUGGGCGGAGCUGUCUCUCUUACUCCUCCCCCACCAUGGGUGGAGCUCACCCAGGCAGGCCACUCCCCUGGCGGACUGGACUCUCUCCUGUUUUGGAGUCCCUGACCAGACCAGAUGGAACCGGACCGGACCGGCUGCCUGCCUCUCCAGACCCAGACUGCCCCCUACUGGGGACUGGGAAGAACCACCUCAUCCAAGAGUGCUCGUCUUGUCAUCUUGUAGAGAAAGCAGUCAGUCUGCAUGCUGCCGUCCGUCCCCCCCACCCCCCCUCCCUCUCAGUGCUGUAA